UGUGUGUGACGGGAUUUCACGGGCAAAUUCACGCGUUUCUCGUGUGCUUGUCGGGGCGCGUCGUGAAAGUGAGUGUCGUGCAAUCUGACAGAAAGCCUGGCAUUGACAAAACCGGAAAGAGAAAAACACAAUUCGUCUGCCAACGGGGUCUCCUUCUUCAUGAUUCUCUAAUUAUGCUCUUCUCUGGCGGUUCUGGGGUGUCAUGCGAUUUCAACAGUCUGGUCGUACCAACCCGCUAGGUGGCAGCAGCAGCAUCCGACUUCCGACAAUCACCCCGUGUUUCGUGAAAAUGAGAUUUUAACGUUUGGUCCAAGUUGAGAAAAAAGAAAACAAGAAAAAAAUAGUGAUCUGUUGAAUGUCAUAAAGUUUCGUGAAAAAAAAGUGAAAAUAAAAAAGCAAUCGAAAAAAAAAAUCACGAUUUUGGCACGCGGCUCUGCGUGUGUGCGUUCGUCGUGUGGCCCCAGCUACGAUUGUGAGGGUGUGUUUUUACUUGCUGGCAGCUGAAGUGAUAGCAAGCAACCAAGCAAGCUCUGGAACCAGCUGAUUUUCCAGUAUCUGAUCAGUGGCUGGCUGUUUGUGUGCGGAGGCACGAGUAGGGUGUGGGUGGGUGUGACGCGGGAGCAGUGAGUGUGUGUGUGUGUUUCGAGGUCAAACGCAGCAAGCCCUGGACGGAAAUGACUUCUAGAAGAUGGUUCCACCCGUCCGUGUCGGGCGUGGACGCGGAAAAGCUGCUGCUGGAGCGGGGCUUCGACGGGUCGUUUCUGGCGCGGCUCUCGUCGUCGAAUCCGGGCGCGUUCACGCUGUCGGUGCGCCGGGGCAAGGAGGUGACGCACAUCAAGAUCCAGAACAACGGCGACUUCUUCGACCUGUACGGAGGUGAAAAGUUUGCCACCCUGUCCGAGCUGGUGCAGUAUUACAUGGAAAACGGGGGUCAGCUGAAGGAAAAGAACGGACAAAUCAUCGAACUCAAGCAGCCCCUGAUCUGCGCGGAACCAACGACAGAAAGGUAA